AUGUGGGAACAAGAUGAUUGGAACUCUUGCGAAGACCUGACCCUUUGCCACACGGAUUUACCAGCAUCUGGCCACCACCUUGAUGGCGAAACGACUCCAAGACAGCCUUACAGAUAUUCUUCGUAUCCUGUUGGUUGUGCGCCGGGAAAGAUUACGAAAGAGAAUGAAGCGUCGGAUAAGAGGAAGUCUGAUGUCAGAGGACAACGUCAAUAUCCUAAACGCCUUUUGGUAGACUGUAUUAAACACAAAAAGCGGGCCUGGAUGAAAGCCGUCGGCCGGUUCCUUGGAUCUGUCAGGCAAACAAACGCAAGAGAACCAGCACCGAAGCGGAACUCGAAGCGACCCGGAGAGCACCAUACCGGUAAAUCCAACUUGCCAAACCAAUCCCCUCACCGAGGUGCCAAAGCUUCUCGGAGAGGAAAACCUUCCCAGGCCUCACCUUCGGCUAGCCAGGAACAACACCAGUCAUUUACUAAAUCUAUCCGAAAAAGAUUCUCGCGUCCCGUAUCCUCCUCGCAUCUCAAGUGCCCCAGAGUGGAUGACGAAGAGCGUAGCAGAAAGCCAAGUUCUUUGGAGACCUCUUCAAUUUCAACAAAAUCAUCUACCAGUUUGCCUUUCAAUCGGCCUGAAGAUUUCGACAAUGACAAUACGAAAGGAAAUCAGGAUUUCAGAUAUCCCUUCUCGUUACCCAGACUUGAUACUUUGUUUGAACCAUUUUCAUUUGAGCCAAGCGAGUUCAUCGAGGAGCUGAAGUAG